GCGUUAACCACAGUGAAACGUGAGCUCUCUCUGCUGCUCUGCAGCCUGUAUUUUUGGGAUGUUUUAAACGGGCCGGGACCUAGAGACGUUCCCAGGCCGGAGGCCGGCCUGUGCAUGUUUCUGCUCUUUGGAAGACAAGGCGAGAAAGAAGAAGAGGAGACAUUGUUUCUGCAGAGGAAGAAAGGGAUAAACGAAAUGGCUGAAGAUGUCUGUGGAUUCUGAGAACUCCUGUAUUCUGGUGGCGUCCCGAGAAUCCAGGACGUCCUGCAUCUUCCAGACAGCUGAUGAGAACGAUGAAAUCCCAGGCGUGGGAGAGGAGAGCGUUCUGGAGAUGCUGAGUUACUCCAAGUUCUCGGACCUGGAGACAUGGCUGUGCAUGCCGUCCUCCGUCCUGCUGUCCAGGCCGCUGGACAUGAACCGCACCUGCUCCUCCUGCUCCACCUUAUCAUCCAACCACUCCUCCAACUCGCCGACCAUGUCCUCUUCAUCGUCUGCAGCCUCCAUCUCCCGGCGCUCCAUCUGCAGCGAGCCAGGAGACUCUCUGCUCAGGUCCUUGGAGAGAGAUCUGACGUUCCUCACACCUGCUCUUGGAAAGGAGGCGACUUUCCUGUCUACGCCGCUCCUGCCCAUCCUCUCCUCUACCCCUAUUGGGGCUCCACAGACAAACUCAGGGCCAACAGUCAGAGAUUCUAAUUCCAGCAGUGGUGUCAGCAUCAGGAAGCGGCGUCGACUUGCUGCCAGUCCCGGAGGACUCCACUGGAACUCCGAAGGUUCUGUGCAGCGCAAAUUCUGGUCACCUGAUCCUCCUUCCAGAAUGGCUGCAGGUGGAGCCAGAGGAAGAGGGUUUAGUGGGAGGAGCUUCCCACUGGGUCAGAAGGACAGGGUGACACCUGUGUGGACAGCAGGUGAGCGGGUGGCUCUGAGGAAAACUCUGUCAGCUGACGAUCAGCUGCUGAGGCCAGCAGGAGGAGAACUAAAGCUGCUGAACGGACUGGAGAGAGGCCGAAAGAAGCUGCGCAACAUCCAUAGCCUGGGAACACAGGGGCGAUACGACAGCAGGAAAAAGUCGGACAGUAAGAUCUCACGCUUGGCUCAGAGGUGGAACCAGAGGUCGACCGGAGAUGCUCUGAUCCGAGACCUGAAGCACCUGUAUCCCACAGGGACCUGUCGAUCCUCCCUCAGCCUGGACAGACACCUCCCAGCCGUUAUGACCCAACAGAUGCAGAACCUGCAGCUGUCUCAGACCAGAAAGUGUCCCGGUGGGCCAGCCUCACCCAGCGCUGCCAAGCGCCUCUACAGGAACUUAUCUGAAAAGCUGCGAGGAAGCACCUCCUCCUUUGAAGAUGCCUACUUCUUUGGAAAAACGGACCGUCUGCGAAAAGCCUCGACCAUGCAGGGCAGCGACUGCAUCUUUGAGGCCGUGGAGCAGCAGGAUCUGGACACUGUGCAGAUUCUCCUCUACCAGUUUACCGCUGAGGAACUGGACCUGAACACACCCAACAGCCAAGGCCUGACUCCCCUCGAUAUCGCCAUCAUGACCAACAACACACCCAUCGCUAAGCUGCUGCUGAAGGCCGGUGGAAAGGAGAGUCCUCACUUUGUGAGCGUGGAGAGCCGCGAGGCUCACCUGAGCGCCCUGGUGGAAGAGUCAGAGCGCCGCGCGGCCGACUUGGCGGCUCAGGCUCAGAGGGACGGCCUGUCGCUGGAGGCGUGCCACAAAGACAAGCAGCUGAGGACAUGGGAGUGGAGGAGCAAGCUAUACAAGCGCAUGAGGACAGGCUUCCAGCAUGCGCUGGAGUGGAGCUGCCUGAAGGAUUUCUCUCUGCUCGCCGGUGAGACGGUGCUGGAUAAUCUGCAGAGCCUCAAAUGCACCAUCAGCAGCCUGUCCACGGGUCGGCUUUACUACGUCCGAGUGUCGGCGUACAACAUGAAGGGCUGGGGUCCGCCCGCCUCCGCCCUGCCUCCAUCAGCGGCUCCAUCCAGUAAGUUCCUGCUGCUCCUUCUGCAGCUUAUUUAUCUUUGA